CGAUCGAACGGAACUUCCUGUUCUCGCGGGAGUUAGAGGCGGGACUGCCACGUCCGACCUAACCGGGAAAGGAGAGGAUCCCGGAGCCGCGUGAUGGCCAGAGGCCUGGGGGCACCCCAUAGGGUGGCAGUGGGACUGCUGACCUGGGCGGCCUUGGGGCUGCUAGUGGCCGGACACGGGGGUCAUGGCGAGCUGCACGAAGACCCGCACGAGGACUUCCAUGGCCACGGUCACGGCCACAGCCACAGGCACUCACAUGAGGAUUUCCACCAUGGACACAGCCAUGCCCAUGGCCAUGGCCACACUCACGAGAGCAUCUGGCAUGGGCAUACUCACGGUCACGACCAUGGACAUUCACAUGAGGAUUUGCACCAUGGCCAUAGCCAUGUGCACAGCCAUGGAGGCUAUGGGGAGUCUGGGGCUCCAGGCAUCAAGCAAGACCUGGACACUGUCACUCUCUGGGCCUAUGCACUGGGGGCCACAGUGCUGAUCUCUGCAGCUCCAUUUUUUGUCCUCUUCCUUAUCCCGGUGGAGUCAAACUCCCCCCGGCACCGGUCUCUGCUCCAGAUCUUGCUCAGUUUUGCCUCAGGUGGGCUCCUCGGUGAUGCCUUCCUGCACCUGAUCCCUCAUGCCCUGGAGCCUCAUUCUCACCACCUUCUGGAGCAACCCAAGGGACAUGGACACUCCCACAGUGGCCAAGGCCCCAUUCUGUCUGUUGGACUAUGGGUCCUUGGUGGAAUUGUCGCUUUUCUUGUGGUGGAGAAAUUUGUAAGACAUGUGAAAGGAGGACACGGACACAGUCAUGGACAUUCUCACAGCCACACGCAUGGAAGUCAGGCUCGUGGAAAACGGGAGCAUUCUUCAAAGGAGAAACAGAGUUCAGAAGAAGAGGAAAAGGAUGCAGGAGGGUCAAAAAAGAGGAGAGGAGAGAUCAUGGGGUCCAAAGAUGGGCCAGUCAAAUCUGAGAAUUCUGAAGAGGAAAAAGCAGGUUCAGACCUGCGUGUAUCGGGGUACCUGAAUCUGGCUGCUGACCUUGCCCACAACUUCACUGAUGGUCUGGCCAUUGGUGCUUCAUUUCGAGGGGGUCGGGGACUAGGGAUCCUGACCACAAUGACUGUCCUGCUACAUGAAGUACCCCAUGAAGUUGGGGACUUUGCCAUCUUGGUCCAGUCUGGCUGCAGCAAAAAGCAGGCGAUGCGUCUACAACUUCUGACAGCAAUAGGGGCACUGGCAGGCACAGCCUGUGCCCUCCUAGCUGAAGGAGGAGCAGUGGGCAGUGAUGUUGCAGGUGGUGCAGGACCUGGCUGGGUUCUGCCAUUCACUGCAGGUGGUUUUAUCUAUGUAGCAACAGUAUCUGUGUUGCCUGAGCUGUUAAGGGAGGCUUCACCUUUACAGUCACUUCUGGAGGUGAUGGGCCUCCUGGGGGGAGUCGUCAUGAUGGUGCUGAUUGCCCACCUUGAGUGAAAGACUAGAUAAAUGCCCCCACCAUUGUCCCAAACCUCUAACCUAAGCCCUGCAGGUCAGAGGUCUGGAUGUUGAGGGCCCUGACUAGAGACAUCUGCCAAGAAAGAAGUUGUUCUUGGGAAGUGUUGACUUUGGCAAGAGGGCCUUCAAGGUUUGCCAGACUCAAGGGACUUCAGAGGUGAGAAUGAGAGGCCAGAGGGACCAUAAUGUUGGGCAUGUGCUGACCAUGUUUUUGGGUUUGGGGGACUAAAUGGGGCCAUGAAGAAGAAUAGGAGAGGACUGAUGGCAGCCUACCUGUGGUCAUCUGCACCACCUAUUCCCCAAGGACCGAGCUGUCACACACAGGCUCCUCCCACUUGACAGAGCAUCAAGAAGACCAGAACCAUGGACAGAGAGGGGGGUAUAGCAGUGGGGGAUAAGCACCGAUCAUGUGUCCUGAUUUGGGAGUGAUUGGCGGGGAGGGGGCGUUAGUUGUUAAUCUCGUGGCAUAGUUUUUUUGUUUCUAUUUUUUUAUUGCUUUUUGAAUCGAGUGGGAGGAUGAUGACCGGAAAUAAAAACUUAGAUUUCUCGCCCCA